CUAUCAAAGAACUAAAAAAACAUGGCCUAUGGUGUCGAAGGUAGUGGUUCAGGUCUAGCCAAUAUGAGAAGCCUAACACUACAAGUCUUCACUGGAAGAUGGUUCAUGGUAUUUGCCACUGUUCUAAUCUUAUCAGCCUCUGGUGCCACUUACAUUUUUGGUAUUUACUCUACUGAUAUCAAAACUUCGCUCGGAUAUGAUCAAACCACCCUUAAUUUACUCAGUUUUUUCAAAGAUUUAGGGUCCAAUGUUGGUGUCCUUUCUGGUUUAAUCAAUGAAGUAACACCCCCUUGGGUUGUUCUCUCAGUUGGUGCAGUCCUUAACUUUUUUGGGUAUUUCAUGAUUUGGCUAUCUGUGACCAAAAAAAUUCCAAAACCUAAAGUUUGGCAUAUGUGUGUAUACAUUUGUAUUGGUGCAAAUUCUCAGUCUUUUGCCAAUACUGGAGCUUUAGUAACUUGUGUCAAGAAUUUCCCAGAAAGCCGUGGCGCGGUUCUUGGACUUUUGAAGGGUUAUGUUGGCUUAAGUGGUGCAAUGUUGACACAAAUUUACCAUGCUAUUUAUGGUAAUGAAUCUAAGUCUCUUAUUCUACUUAUUGGUUGGCUUCCUGCUGUUGUUUCUUUUGUGUUUCUACGUAUAAUUCGUAUUAUGAAAGUUGUUCGGAUUGCACAUGAGAUGAAAGUUUUCUAUAGGUUUUUGUAUAUAUCUCUUGGCCUUGCUGGAUUUCUCAUGUUGAUUAUCAUACUUCAAAAAAGGCUAGAUUUUAAACAAAGUGAGUAUGGUUUGAGUACAGCUAUUGUUCUGUUUUUCCUCUGUUUACCACUUGCUAUUGUUAUAAAAGAAGAAGUUGAUUCUUGGAAAUCCAAGAAACAAGCAUUGGAAAGUAUUUCACAAGUGAAAUUAGUAACUGAGGAGCCAAAUUGUGAAGUUGCUCAGCCGCAAAUUCAGCCACAAACACCCUCUUCUGCCACCAUUUCAAAAAAUCAAGAAACAGUUUCGUGUUGGAAAACAGUUUUUCGUGCACCGGAUAGAGGUGAGGACUACACUAUACUACAAACCCUUUUUAGUAUUGACAUGUUAAUACUAUUUUUCGCGACGAUUUGUGGUGUUGGAGGGACAUUAACAGCAAUAGACAACUUGGGACAAAUUGGAACAUCACUUGGCUAUCCAAAAAACAGCAUUAGUACAUUUGUGUCACUUGUUAGUAUAUGGAAUUAUUUAGGAAGAGUUGUGUCUGGUUUCCUCUCAGAACAUUUCUUGUCAAAAUACAAAUUUCCUAGACCCCUAAUGCUCACAAUAACACUCAUCAUCUCUUGUCUUGGCCAUCUUCUCAUUGCUUUCGACGUCCCCGGUGGCCUUUAUGUUGCAUCUAUAGUCAUAGGAUUUUGCUUUGGAGCACAAUGGCCAUUGUUAUAUGCCAUAAUUUCAGAACUUUUUGGGUUGAAAUAUUACUCAACUUUGUAUAAUUUUGGAUCAGUGGCAAGUCCAAUUGGUGCAUAUGUGCUUAAUGUAAGGGUGGCUGGAUAUUUAUAUGAUAAAGAAGCAGAAAAACAGAUGAAGGCAUUGGGAAGAAGUAGGAAAAUUGGUGAAGAUUUGGAAUGUAUUGGGGCUGAAUGUUUUAAGUUGGCUUUUAUUAUUAUCACAGGAGUUACAAUUCUUGGAGCUUUUGUGUCAAUAAUUUUGGUGUUGAGGACAAGGAAUUUUUACAAGAAUGAUAUUUACAAGAAAUUUAGGGAGGAAGCUAAAGUGGCUGAAAAAGAAAUGGUUAUGGCAGAAAAUUUUGGUGGUCUUCUUCAAAAUAAAAGUUCUCCUAAAGUAUAGAUUAGAAUAUUGAAGAAGGAAAGGAAAAAGGUUGAAAUAUGUAAAAGAAAGAAUAGACAUUUGUUGGUUUAGAAGAAAUUUUGAAGUUUUCUCUUUUACUUGUCAGUAAUUUUUUUCUUUCUUCUUUGUCUAGCUACUAGAUGGAGUAUAUUUAAUUAUUUAUGUUGCCUUUUUUUUCAAUGAUAUUAGGUUUCUAUUAA